AUGAAGAUCGUGUGCUUAUCUCCACCAACUGUCCUUUGGACUUGUGGGCGCCAAGACACCUCCUCCAAGCCCACCAUUGAAUCAGUGCCGCCCAGUAUUGCUGAAGGGGGGAGUGUUCUUCUACUCGUUCACAAUCCCCCAGAGAAUACUGAAGCCUUUAUCUGGUUCAAGGAGAUGUCUGCGUUCAAGAGAAUUGAGAUUGCCCAAUACAUCAUAGACAGGAAAUCAACUGUGUGGGGGCCUGCAUACACUGGAAGAGAGGUACUGCACAGUGAUGGAUCCCUGCUGCUUCACGGCAUCACUGAAAAAGACCCUGGACUGUACACCCUGCAAAUUGUGAGAACAGACAUGAUACGUGAGGAAACACAAGUGCAGCUCCAGGUGCACACCCCCCUUUCUCCAUGCUGUAUGCUUACUUCUUCCCAGCUCGUGAUCCAUGCAGUGCCUCAGUAUGCUGCUGAAGGGGGACACGUACAUUUCCAGGUUCGCAAUCUUCCAAAAGAUGUGAAAGCCUUUUCCUGGUACAAAUUGGUAACUACACAGCAGGUCCUUAAAAUUGUUGAAUACAGCAAAACCAGGACUUCUACCUCCUGGGGGCCUGAAUACAGAAGAAGAGGGAGGAUGCACCAUGACGGAUCACUGAUGCUCAAGGAUCUCACCGGGAAAGAUGAAGGAAUGUACACACUAGAAAUUUUAAACAAAGAUUUGAAAAUUGAAAUAUCGUUCGUGAAAUUUUACAUGAAGAAGAAUUUGGCUCAGCCCUAUGUGCAAGUCACAGAUUCCACAGUUGCUGGAAAUAGAUCUGUGAUCUUCACCUGCAUUUCACCGGACACCGAUGUCUCUAUUCACUGGAUCUUUAAUAACCAGAGUAUGCAUCACCUCGAGAGGAUGACUCUGUCCCCGACAAAGUGUGGACUCAGAAUAAAUCCUUUCAUGAGUGUGGAUGCUGGAGAGUACAA